UCUCACGAUUAAUUUCAAUAUCACUUUGAAGAGACGCAUUCUACUUCUUUAUUUUUUUUUAUUUUUAAUUUUACCGAAUUCUCUCCCUCUCACAUCCAUUUUAUUUAUUUUAUUUUUAAAUAAAGUCAUUUUUUCUUUUGUUUUCUUUAUAAUUUUACAUUAUUACCUCCCCUCCCAUUAUAAAAUGUAGCUUCAUGUCAUAUCAUUGUAUACAAUUCAUAAAAACCAUACCCUCAAGAAAGAGGAAGAGAAAUGGAGGCAACAUCCUACAAAAAUCUCCACAAAUUUGUAGAGCAAAUAAUAUUUACUCAAUCUCCAUAUGAACAAACCACCACUAUUCACUUCGAUCCCUUCUCUUUUCCUCUCAUCUUCCUCUACUUCUUCUUCCUAAUUUUCUCACUCAAACUCUUAUCCAAGAAAAACCCCAAAACCAACAACUUACCACCAUCACCGCCGCAACUCCCAAUAAUUGGCAACCUCCACCAAUUAGGCAACCUCCCACAUCGCUCAUUGGCAUCUCUUUCAGAGAAAUAUGGUCCUCUAAUGCUUCUCAGACUAGGCCAAACCCCAACUCUCAUUGUCUCAUCAUCAAAACUAGCUAAACAAGUAAUGAAAUCCCAUGACAACAUCUUCUCAAGCAGAUCCCAAAACACAGCUGCAAAAUCCUUACUCUAUGGAUGCCAUGAUGUGGCCUUUGCUUCCUAUGGAGAGAAAUGGAGAGAGGCAAGAAAAGUUUGUGCUAUGGAGCUUUUGAACCCCAAAAGAGACGAGUCUUUUCAACAUGUUAGAGAUGAAGAAGUUGGAGAGCUUGUGAAAAAGAUUAUUGGUGGGGAUUCAUCAUUAGUCAAUCUUAACAAGCUUCUUCUAUCAACUUCAAAUAAUAUAGUGGGGAGAUGCGUUUUGGGAAAAAAAAUUGGGGAUGAAAAUUAUGGGUUUGGGGAAGUUACAAGGAAGGCUAUGGUGCUUUUGGCUGGGUUCUGUGUUGGGGAUGCGUUUCCUUCGCUUGGAUGGAUUGAUGUGUUGAGGGGAUUUCGUGGACAACUCAAAGGAACAUUUCAAAGAAUCGACAUGCUUUUUGAGAAAGUCAUUGAAGAGCAUAGGGACAAGAUGAAGAAUGGUGAUGAUAAUGGAAUUUGGGAAAAGGACUUCGUGGGGAUUAUGCUCAAAUUGCACCAAGACACUUUUGAUUAUCAUUUCACCAUGGAAGAUUUCAAAGCAAUUUUACUGGUUUAA